AUGGUUAUCAAAGAUACAGCAGAUUGGGUACAAUCACAAUCGAGGUUUGUUUAUUUUUUGAUGUUGAUGUUGUUUUGUUUUGGCUUGUUUUUGAUAAGAGCACACCAGACUGUUUUAAAGUUUCAAAAUUUGAUUUGUUUUAUCAGUCUGAAAGUUUUAAGUAACAGGAUUACUUAAUUUGAUGUAAUGGUGUUUUUUCAUUUGAGGUUAAUUAAAUCAUAAGAUUAAUUCAUUUUGGAACCGAAAAAUACUUGCAUAGUUGUUUUCUCCCACUAAAAUAAAACCAAUUUUCCCCCCGAAACAACAAUAAAAAUCAUCGAUUUUCAUUGUUGAAAUGUAUAGGAAUGAUUCAAAAAAAUUAGUCAUUUUUUUCUUAAUUCUUUUUCAUUUCCAGAAGUAUUGUUGACUUCAUUUCACCAUCUUCAACACAUUCACCAAUUCUUCUUCAACCUAAUAUUUUAUCGUUUGGUGCCGCCGCCGCUGUCACAAUGGGUCUCGGAUAUUAUUUGACAAAAGGAUCCUCCACCGGAAGCUAUACUUUCAACGGUGUCACUUAUACGGGAAAUGUGAAGCCGUUGGUGGAUCCGAUGAAUCAGAGCCGAAUUCUGGAGGAUGGUUCGAGAAUCAGCGCGUAUUUGAAGGAUGACAAUCUUCAAUCGUAUUUGUUUGAAGACGCGCAAACUCUUUAUCAGGUUAAUAUUUUGGUUUAAGGAGGAAGUAAUUUGAAAAUGGAUAUUUUCAGGGUGUUCGCCGCGGUGCUCGUCUUUCCAACAAUGGUGCAAUGUUGGGACAUCGUGAGAAGAAACCCGAUGGAUCGAUGCCAUUUGUUUGGGAGACUUAUAAUGAGGUGAGCUAUUUGGAGCCGAAGAAAAAUGGAGGGACUAGGAAAUUUCUAGUCCCCAAGGCCAUGUUUUCCUAGUCCCCCCCCCCCCCCCAGCUUUUUUCCAAAAAAGAAUUCCAAUUUUUCCAGAUUCUCAAGCGAGCUGACAAUGUCUCAAACGCUUUCCGUGAGCUUGACAUUCCAGCUGGAAACGAUGAAAAUAUUGGAAUUUAUUCGAAAAAUCGUCCAGAAUGGAUUGUCACCGAACUCGCCACCUACAAUUUCGCCAACGUUAUUGUUCCAAUUUACGAGACACUCGGAUCAGAAGCCUCAAUCUUCAUUCUGAAUCAAGCCGAAAUCAAAAUUGUUGUUUGUGACGAUUCGGCGAAAGCUGUUGGAUUAUUGAAAUUCAAAGAGAAGUGCGCGAGUCUCAAAUAUUUGGUUGUUAUGGAUGAGAUUACGGAAGAGUUGAAGAAUUCGGCGAGCCAACAUCAAGUGCAAAUUCUGUCGUUCAAAGAACUCGAAGAACUCGGACAAAAAUCUGAGGGAAAAUACAAACAUCAAGAGCCGAAACCUGAAGAUUUGGCGACAAUUUGUUAUACAUCUGGAACAACUGGAACACCAAAAGGAGUUAUGCUAACUCAUGCAAAUGUGAUUGCCGAUGGAACUUGUAUGGAUUUCUUCAAACAUACCGGAAUUCGUGCUACCGUAUGCCUUUUUUUCUAAAUUUUCUAGGUCAUUUAAUCGUUGUUUUUCAGGAUCUCAUGAUCAGUUUUCUUCCGUUGGCUCAUAUGCUCGAGCGAGUUAUCGAAAGUGUUUGUUUUAUGGUUGGCGCACGCGUUGGUUUCUAUCGUGGUGAUAUUCGAGUUCUUGCUGAAGACAUCAAAGAAUUGCGGCCAACUGUUGUUCCGGUUGUUCCGAGAGUUUUGAAUCGAUUGUAUGAUAAAGUUAUGUCGGAAGUCAAUAAAUCGACAUUCAAAAAAUUGUUGUUUGAUUUGGCGAUUAGCUAUAAGGCGAGAGAUAUGGCGAAGUGAGUUGGCAAAAAUUCAAAACUUUUUCGGGAAUUUUCUGGAAUUCGCGGUUUUGAGAGCUUAUUGCUCAUGUUAGAGAUGAUUUUAUCAAAAACUGAAUACAGGUCGAUUUACCAAAGUCAUGCUGUAUUCAAUUUUCGAUAAAAUUAUCUCUAACAUGAUUUAUAGGCUCUGAAAACCGCAAAGUUGAAAAAUCCAGUUUUUUGUUUUUGCUGUGCGACUCAUCGAAGAGCACUAAAAUUAGCCAAAAAUUCUGGUUUUGAGAGCUUAUUGCUCAUGUUAGAGAAGAUUUUAUCAAAGUCAAAAAUCGUGUGUAUUCAAUUUUUGAUAACAUUUUCUCCAACAUGAUUAAUAGGCUCUGAAAACCGCGAUUUCCAGAAAAUUCUCAAUUUUUUGGCUCAUCUUGUGCUUUUCAGAGAUUCUCGCAGAGAAAAAACUUGAAAAACUCACACCUCGAUCAAAAUCGUGGUUUUCAAAAUUAAAAAUUGUACGCUAACUUUUUAUAGUAUGAAAUCUGUGAAUUUUGGGAAUUUUUAUCAUCUAACAGCUGUGAUUUUUCCAGUUUUUGACUUCUGAAAACUGAAAUUCAGAUUCUUCCAAAAAUGGUACUCUGGCCAGCCACGGAUUGGCCGAGGUGUGAAAAAACAGUACAAAAUGAUACAUGUUUCUACAAACCGUCUUUUUUCCAGCUUCAACAUUCGAAACGACGGAUUUUUCGACAACUUAGUCUUCAAAAAGAUUCGCGAUGGAAUGGGUGGCCGUGUUCGUCUAAUGAUCACCGGAUCCGCUCCACUCUCCACAAAUGUCUUGACUUUUGUUCGAGCCGCAAUGGGUUGUGUUGUUGUCGAAGGAUAUGGUCAAACUGAAUGUGUUGCCGCUUGUACUGUCUCAAUGGAAGGUGAUUCAUUAGCUGGACAUGUUGGAAUGAUUAUCCCAUCGGCACAAAUCAAAUUGGUCGAUGUUCCCGAACUCAAUUAUUAUGCAAAAGAUAAUGCGGGUGAAGUUUGUGUUCGUGGACAUAUUGUAUUCAAAGGGUAUUAUAAGAAUGAGCAACAAACGAGAGAAACAAUUGAUUCGGAUGGUUGGUUGCAUACUGGAGAUAUUGGAAAAUGGACACCAGAAGGAACAUUGAAGAUUGUAGACAGAAAGAAGCAUAUUUUCAAAUUGUCGCAAGGCGAAUAUGUGGCACCGGAGAAAAUUGAGAAUAUCUAUGUUCGAUCGAAAUAUGUUGCACAAAGUUUUGUCUACGGCGAAUCGCUCAAAACUUGUUUGAUUGCAAUUGUUGUGCCUGACGUGGAAACAUUGGGACCAGCAAUGGCUGACAAUGGAAUCAAAGGAACAUUUGAGGAAUUGUGUCGGAAUGAGGAGGUGAAAAAAUUGGUGUUGGAAGAUAUGUUGGCGGUUGGCAAGAAGGCUGGAUUGUUCUCUUUUGAACAGGUGAUUUUGACUUUUUUGAAAUAUUGUCGAAUUUGUGACGUUUUACGUUCAAAAAAUCGUAAAAUUUGAAAAUUGAAAAAAAAAUACCAAAAAUUUCAUUUUUUCUAUCAUAAACUGAGACAAUUUCCCAAAAUUUAGGAAAUAUUGAAAAUAUUACACCGAAAAUCCGGAAAAUUGAUUUUUCCUUGAAAAAACCGAUAAAUGUCCAGCACAGGCCUGAUUUGCAAGAUUUAAAAAAAAAUCAAAUUUUUGCAGGUUCGUGACAUUCAUCUUUGCUCGGAACUAUUCUCAAUUGAAAAUGAACUCCUCACACCAACACUAAAAUCAAAAAGACCACAACUCAAAGCGCAUUUCAAACAACAACUCGAUGAAAUGUACUCGAAACUUCCAUAG